AGGGAAAACCUAAAAUCAGGGAAAUGUAUUAAAGACCCUUGAAUGUGAAGUAUACAAAGGAAUUAAGGUCAGAAGUCAUAAUUUUAUCUAAAACACAUGUAGUGCUCCCCUUCUGCUCCAGCAAUGCUCGCCACUUCUGCUGCUUCUCAGUCUUCUGCUCCUUCACACUACAGCUGCAUAAAAGCCCCCUCCUGCACCUCCACUGCAACGCACAGAUUUCUUCCUUCCCUGCUCACAGUUUACCAUUUUUGCAUGGAGGGUCACCUUUCCGUUGCCUUUCUUCUCCACUAGGUCUCCUCACUUUUGCCUGGAGAGUCAUAUUUCCCUCCCUCUGACUGCUGCUGCUGUACGCAGGCUUUCUCUUCCUGCUUCACUGAUCGGCUGGAUAUGGAAGUUUCAACAGGUCUAGGAUUAGCCUGUUGAGACUACCACUCCCAUAGUGCCGUGCGUCAGCCGUCGUUUGGUUGUACUUGUUACCUUGGCAACCUAGCCAAGAUGGCGACGGCUUUGGGUGCCCAGUAUUCUGAACGAGGGUAAGUAGUGGAAGACGGUAGCUGGCCUGCAGUGUGAAGCUACACCUAGUGACAUCAGAAGCUGUUAGCCAGAGGGCAAGAGGCACUGAGGUUUUCAGAAAUGUCACUAUUCAAAGCCCGAGACUGGUGGUCAGCCUCACUAGGAGAGAAAGAAGAGUUUGAUCAAGGUUGUUUGUGUGUUGCUGAUGUUGAUAACAGCGGAACUGCUCAUGAUAAAAUAAUAGUGGGUAGUUUCAGUGGCUACCUCCGCAUAUUCUCUCCUCAUCCAUUAAAACCUGGAGAUGGGAUGCAAGCUGAAGAUUUGCUGCUUGAAGUACAGCUGCGAGAUCCAGUGCUUCAAGUGGAAGUAGGGAAAUUUGUGUCUGGAACAGAAAUUCUCCAUCUUGCUGUAUUGCAUCCCAGAAAACUUUGUGUUUAUUCUGUGUCAGGCACACUGGGGAAUGUAGAACAUGGAAAUCAGUAUCAGAUGAAACUGAUGUAUGAACACAAUCUUCAGAGAACAGCAUGCAGCAUGACUCACGGGCCCUUUGGAGGAGUAAAAGGGCGAGAUUUGAUUUGUAUCCAGUCAAUGGAUGGGAUGCUCAUGUUUUUUGAACAGGAAAGCUAUGCAUUUGGUCGAUACCUUCCAGGAUUCCUUUUACCAGGCCCCCUGAGUUACAGUCCCAAAACAGACUCCUUUGUUACUGUUUCUUCCAGUCGGCAGGUUGAAAGCUACAAAUACCAGGUUCUUGCUGUUGCAACGGAUGCUGAUUCCCGGAAGGAAAAUGAACAGCAGAAAAUGGGUGCUGGAAAGAAAGUGGUGGCAGACUGGAUUCUGAACAUUGGGGAACAGGCUUUGGAUAUAAGCAUUGUAUCCUUUAAUCAAACGUCUUUCUCUAUAUUUGUCCUUGGAGAACGAAAUUUCUUCUGCCUCAAAGAGAGUGGGCAAAUACGUUUCAUGAAAAAACUUGACUACAGUCCAAGCUGCUUCCAUCCUUAUAGUUCAGUGAAUGAUGGAACCAUAAAUACAUUGGUUGGAAACCAUAAUAACAUGUUGCUUGUGUACCAGGAUGUGACACUUAAGUGGGCAGCACAGCUUUCUCAAACCCCAGUUGCUGUAAAGGUUGCCAAUUUCCAGGACCUUAAAGGUGUCAUAGUUACCCUCAGUGAAAGUGGGCAACUACAGUGCUCUUACUUAGGCACAGACCCUUCUCUCUUCCAAGUGCCUAAAGUAGAAUCAAGGGAUAUAAACUAUGAAGAUCUUGAUGUGGAAAUGAAAGAACUUCAAAGAAUUAUCAAGGAAGCUACAAAAACCCAAGAUAUCUUGCCAAAGAUGGAAAAAGAUGAUGAUUUAACUUUGGUGGCAACUGUGUUGCCAGACCUUGAUUCUGUAUCUCAAGCAGUUGACGGUGAAGUGGAGUCAGAAGUGAUCCCAUCUGUAUCAGUAAAGUUGUGUGUUCGAAGUAGACUGACUCUUCAAAAGGCAGUGUUGCUAAUAAGUACUCCACCCCCAUUAGCACUUACUCAAGAUCAGUUCAUAUUUGACUCUUUAGAGCCUGGAGUUUCUAAAACAGCAAGUGCUUCUGUGUUCCUGAAGGGGAAUUAUCCUCCAGCAGAUCUUGAAGGAAGUGCGGUAGUUUCUUACAGUAAACCUACAGAACUGAACCCAGAAGGUGUGCCACGAAUUGUACAGUGUAAAUUUCGUCUACCACUAAAGCUUGUUUGCUUCCCAGUACAGCCUUCAAAAGUAGCAAAUCACAAGCUGACAAUAGAUACAAACAAACCUCCUGUGAAUCUAAUUAACUUGUUUCCAGAAUUUAUAGAUCAAGUGGAAGAGGACCAAGUCAGUGUUGUAGGAUUCCAGCUGCUUGCAGGUCAAAAAGUGACACUUCUUGCUUCUAAGACAUCACAGAGAUAUAGGAUACAAAGUGAACAGUUUGAAGACCUCUGGCUUAUCACCAGAGAGUUUAUUCUGCGUUUUCAAGAUUAUUUUUUGAAGCAAGGAAUUAAAGAUUUUACAUGUUCAUUUUCUGGACCGGUACCAUUGCAAGAAUAUUUUGAGCUAAUUGACCAGCACUUUGAGCUCCGAUUGAAUGGGGAAAAGUAUGAAGCACUAUUGUCUGAACGUGCUGUGCAGUUCCGAGCUAUCCAAAGGCUUCUUCUAACAAGAUUCAAAGAUAAAACACCAACUCCUUUACAAAACCUUGACACAUUACUGGACGGUACAUACCGACAGGUAAUUGGUAUAGCAGAUGCUGCAGAAGAGCUACAGCGCAACUUGUUUCGAGCAUUUACAAGGCUAAAGAGUGCUACACAACUGGUAAUCCUGCUAAUUGGAUUAUGGCAGAAGCUUAAUAAAGAACAGAUAGCCAUUUUGGAAGGAACAUUUUUGCCUUUACUUAAGGAUGGCCAAGAACUGGGCUGGGAGGAGUCUGUGGAUGCUGCUUUAUCACAUCUUUUGAGAACAUGCCUGUCUAAAAGUUCUAAAGAGCAGGCCCUGAACCUUACCAGCCAUCUAAGCAUACCCAAAGAUACUUCCAGACUGAAGAAACACAUCACUUUACUCUGUGAAAGAAUGUCCAAAGGGGGCAGGUUGUCUCUAAGCGCUGACUCUGGAUCUCAGCAAGCUGCUGAGAUGCAAGGCACACCCAUUAAUCCUUCUGUUUCCUGAGCAAGGAUGCUGCAUUUUUAUGCAGUUGCAUAUGAAAAUGUGAUAUUUAUGCAGCUACGUGCAAUAAAAGUGAAUUACUCACACACUGCACUUAAAUUGUGAAGAGAAAACGUGGAAUUGAAGACCUUGAACGCAGGGGAAACAAUUGUCCAGGAAGUGGUAAUUCUAUGGGGACAACUAUGCAGGAUCUGUCAGGGAUGUGUAUUUCUUUUUUGGCAAUGCUUUAUGGAAGAUCCUAAUUAAGAAGAUCAUUUUAUAUCUAAAUUGAUAACAUGUGUAGAGAUAAGAUCAUUAGUUUAUGUUUCUCAGUUAGCCAAAAUCAUUUUUGCUGUCAUAUUGCCCACAGCAAAUGCAUCUAUUUAUGUUUAUUUAUGUUUGGAAGUGUAUGAGCUGCUUUUGACAGAAAAGCAAGCGCAUUAAGUAACUGUUUACAUAUGGCAGUUUGUGUUUAUUCUAUGUCUGUCAAUUAGGAUGGUAUCUGUAUGGAGCAUUAGCAGAUGGCUACUUAAUGUGUCUCCUAAUGCUCAAUAAUAUAGUUCCUCAGGUCUUAUCUUUCUUUUGGCAAUGAACCAGCUUGUACUAUCAGUCUCAAUUUUAAGUCAUACGCAUUACAAGAAAAAAAUAGAUUAUCACUUGCCCUCUGUUAUAGGAUAUGCUGCAGUGACAUCUGGGAGGAAUUUGUUACUUUUACAUUUAGCACAAUCUGAUCUGCACUUAUAGAGAAAAUGGACAAGGGACAAUGGAAACAGGAUUCAAAGAGUGAAUAUGCGGGGUCCAUUCUUGUCAUUACUCAGUAAUUAUUGUGAGUUCUGCUGACAUACAUAGACUUAACCACGCAUUCUUGUCAUAGAAAACCAUAAAAAGCAAUUAAGCUAUUAGGCUAUUAAAAAGAAACUUCUUAGGAUAAGGAGGAUGUUGUUUCGAAUAAUUUAUCUUAGUUAUGUUUUUUUAAGCAGCGUACACAUCUUUCUAGAAAAAUUACAUUUUGCCUGCAGUUUUACUUGGUCUUCAAAAAGAUUAUAUAUUAUUAUAUAAAUUGUCAUCAAAAAACACCAGUGCUUGGGCAAUACUUAGCAUGUACCAGAUUGUGUGAUUUCUUUCACAUUUUUAAUUACUGUCUGUAUUUUACAAUGCAAAUAUAAGUUGUUUUUUUUUUUUUUACAUUAUUUAAUUUAGAUGUAAUAUAAUAAAUAUUUGUUACAUUA